UAGCUCUGCUAGCCUAGCUGUUAGCGUUAGCCCCGAGAUCACAGGCGCAGUAAAAUGAAGCGUUAUUGCCCUUUGUUUUUAAACCGGACUGGCAGACGUUGCAUAAACGCUGAUAGCUGAUUGAUCGCGCUAAUACGUGGGUUGAAAGAUGGAAUUAUUUAUUUUAGGGUUAUUUAUUGAAGUAUCGGCCGUUUUCAAAACACUCUCCGGCUAGUCCGUUAGCUGGCCAGCUAACUCUUGAUUCUCCCGCGAGCCAGAAAAGCGACGACUGUAAAACUUCGCCAACACCGAGAAAGCUUGACGCAGAGAAAGCUUCAUCGCUCCUGCUAACAUUAACGAUAGCUAACGCCUGUCCAUAAGUCACUGCUGUCUGCUCAUCGGGGGGGGGUUGAGAAGCAGUAUUGUGCCUGGCUCGUUUCUUGUUACCGUCGCUAACACGCAAGAGUUUUGCAUCGGAGUGUUUUGUGCGCCUGACAGCUGUCACGACAACAUAGUACAAAGUAGGGUAGCUUGCUAGCUUAGCUGUUAGCCUAGCUGCUAGCCAGUCGUGAAAGCUUGGCGUUACUUAGUGGGAUAUUGUUACAUUGGCUGCACACUGCACUAACGUCGACUGUAGCUCAACUACGAAUCCCAUCAAUAUUUUAUUUCCAGCUCCUUUCGGGUUGCUGUAGUUUGUUUGCUUGUAAGUUGCUUGUUGGAAAGGCAGCUGCUUAUAUUGUGGCUAAACAUCCAGUAAACCUCGGGCCUAUCCAAACACACCCUCCCACUUCAAAGUAGCCACAACUUGCUCUGAAGUUGUAUUAUUUUUUUGCAUCUCAUGUAAUCAUGUAUUAAAGAACGCUUGGAUCACAUUGAUUGCAGGAAGUUUUUUUUUUAUUAUAAUUUUUUUUUUUUACGUCAGGUAUUUACCCUGGUUCUCCCUGCCAGAUUACAUAAUCUUCUUCCACCUUUCUUUGCAGGCUCACCAUCUUCAUCCAAGACUCUACUCUGAUGUGAACUGAACAAACAAAUCUGCAGGAGUCAUCCUCUAAGUUGAGGAUCUGCCUCAUUGCUGAGGAAACUGUUUGAGCAUCAAGUCAGGUUUUACUGGCAGUCUGUGUGCUUCUCACCCACCAGCAUGUACAUUGGACAGUGGAUACCUUAGCCAAAACAGAUCCUGGCUUCCCAAAGAUGACAAGGUGCUGGCAGGCCGCAACUACAAAAUGAUGGGAGGCAGUGAGACUGUAAGUGGGGACAAGGAUGGGGUCCACACCACUGCAACACACGUCCCCAUCGGCUGGCAGAGGAGAAUGGAGGGCGGGCGAGUGAUCUACGUCAGUCCCAGUGGCACUGCCCUCUCCUCUCUGGACGAGGUCAAGACCUAUCUGUUGAGUGAUGGCACCUGCAAGUGUGGUCUUGAGUGUCCACUCAUCAUCCAUAAGGUUUUCAACUUCACUGUGGGAGUGAAGGUGGAGCAGCACAGCCAUCCAUUAGGCAAAGCAGAGCAGGACAUGACCAAACUGUGUAACCACCGCAGGAAAGUUGUGGCGAUGGCUGCUCUGUGUCGAAGUAUGCAGGCCUCACAGCUGCCUUUUGCCAACCUUCAUCAUCCAGAGAUGAGCAGUGGAGUGGACAGCCACGAUCCAAAGCGAGUACAUGUGGAGCGGGAAGAAGAAGACCAUGUCAUUUACCAUCCCAAACUCCAUCCAGUUACAGCUCGACCCCACAGCAACCUCCACCCAAACCCCUGUGCCAGCCCCAAAUCCUCCCACCAGUUUAUUUACCCUUACAAUGGUUCCUCCCCUGUCCUUCACACAGGCACAAACUCUCACCAUCCCCUAGAGGCUUUGAGAAGGCUUCACCAGCCUCCUCCUAUCCCUGCCUCCUCCAGCUCUUCCUCUUGCUCCUCAUUCCCAUCUGCCCAGAGGUCACCUCGCACUCCCACACCUCAGAAUGUCAGUCAAGGUCAAAGAACACCUAAAACCCCGGAGACUCCGGGUUCUCCUCGGCUCACGCCCCUCUCUUCACCUCCUCCCUCUUCCCCUAUGACCAUGGGUGGAAGAGGAGCACAGACUCACACUCAUCAUCCUCAUGGUGUCAUUGUGGGAGGCUCCCCCCUCUCUCCGUCUCCCUCUCUCUCUCCCUCUGUCCAUAACAUGAACUGUGUGUCUCCUCACCAGCGAUCCCGCCACCCUUCAGCCUCUCCUUCCCCUCUCUCUGAUCAGGGAGGAGGCUCAACAGCAGCAGCAGCAGGAGGAGGACUGAUGGGAAGUAACUUGUCUCAGAGGAGGAAAUCCACCUCUUCCUCUCCACACUCCCCUCUCUCCAGUGGCUCCCCAAACCCCAGCCCCCACUUCCCCAAGUACAAGCUGGAAGACAUCUUAGAGCAGUUUAAGAACUCAGGCAACAGCAGCACUAAUAACCACCACCUCCUUAUCUCUACUAACCCAUCCUUAAUUACCAACCAAAGCAGUAGUAACCUUCAUACUCUCUCCUCGAAGCCCUCAAAGAUCACCAUAAGUCAGAUUCCCAGCUCAGUACCACCUAGUUUUGGGUUGAACUCUGCAGGGCCUUCUAGUUUACCACUGGGGCCAUUUCUGAACCACCACAGCCAUCAGAGCAAGCUACCACACCCAGCUUCUUUCCCUGCGAGUAGCCUUCUCUCUGCAGCUGCCAAGGCUCAACUGGCUAACCAGAUAACCCAGGGUCAGAGCUCAAAUGUGGCCAGCAACCCGGUGAGCUUGCCCUCUUCUCUGGAGGCACAGCAGCAACAGUCAUCAAAGGUAACAAACAGCACUUUACAUAACAGCCACCCUCCCUCCUCCAUCGCUUCUACUAGGCCUCCCCAUCCCUCCCUUGCAGCAGCCUCAUCCGUCCUCUUUCCUCAAUCCCACUCUCUGGCCCAGUCCCUGGCUUCCUCCUUGCCCCACCUGCCUCCCACAGCAGAGCGCAAUGCAUCGCACAGGAAGAGGCAACGGCGAUCACCCACAGUGCUCAGCAUGCUAAGAGACACCCAGCAGCUGGCUAAUGGGCCGCGGAAGACCCCACCAGGAGAUGCCGUUACUGCUACAGCUAUCAACCUAUCCUCCUCUUCCUCUUCUUUCCCCUCCUCGCAUUCCUCCUCUACCUCAGCUGUGCAGAACCAGAAUGCUGUCACGUUAGAAAGCCAUCAUCAUCUCCUCCCCGGGCAGAUGCCAAGGCUCCCUGCUCCUAGACAGAUAGCACACCUUUCCAGGCCUCCUCGACAAAAUGAGGCCCUGGAUUUCACUACAGGCCUGACGCCUACACCUCUUGGCUUGGAUCCUCCAACCCAGCCUCUGUCUGCCCUGUUACACCUGCUCAGUGUGCAGAAUGCGCAGGCCACAGCCUCAGCAUCCAACUCUGCUUCAGCUCAGCCAGGAUCUGUGUCUAUUGAAGGAGGUGGACACACUAAUAAACAGAGCCCUAGACUGUCACCCUCUUCUCCAUCCCCUCAUUCUAAUGCCAGGCACCGACAGACUCAGUCACCAUGCCGAACCAGUAACACUAAUCCCCUACCCUCGGUGCCACAGCCGCUUUCUCCUCCCACUUUCUCUCAGUUCAGAUCUGUGCAGUCUCCAUCACAUCCUCAGUCUACUAAAUCCAGUCCUCUACAGAGACAUUCACCUUCUUCUACAGUGCUGCCCAACUCAAAUUUAGCUUUACACAACAGCAGCAGCCCAUCCCAGCACAUGUCCCCGCCUCCCUCAGACAAACAUCAACAAACUGAGAAUCACAUUCCUACAAUAGACUCUGUUUCCCAGGCACCAUUGCGGGAAGCCUCACCACAGGGCACUGUGGCAAGGGAGAUUGGUAGUAACAGCAUAUCUACAUCAGUCGACCUGAGUCAUUCUCAAGGCAGUGUUUCUAUGGCGAUAUCCAGCUCCCCGAAGCCUCUUGAUCUUAGCAACCAUGUCCUCGCCCUUCUUGCAGCAUCUUCCACUGUUCCCCAGGGAGAGGGCUGCUCCUCCGACCGUAAUACUGAUGUUGUGAUGUCUUCCCAAGGAAAUCCCACUGCAGGGCCAGAGGAGCCUAGAUGCAUGGACCCGAAGGUCUCCAUAGUGACCAAACCUCCAGCAGCCACUAGCCCUGGACCCACUAUCUCCUCUCGUCUUGGGGAUAAUCACAGUCCUCAUACACCUUCAGCUGUGGGCGACUCAUCUGCUCCCUUACCUCUGGCAGAGGCCUUCCCCUUCAUGAAUCAAGAGCAACUGCUUCAACUGCUGUCCUCCACAGGAGGUCUUCCAUCCCUCCUGGACCCUGCAGUUCUGGCUUCAUUGCCACUGGGAGGGUUGUGGUUGGGAGGUCAACAUGCACAGAUACCCCCCUCCAAUGCUACACCACAUAAUCUUGCAGAGCAGCAGCAGUCAGAGCAGCAGCAGUUACUGAUACAACAGCAAGAGACACAGCAGCAAAACCAGGAUCAACAUCAGAAGCAACAACAGAUAAACAACAAUCCUCUGUUUCCCUUGUUGCCCUUGUUGAGUGGUGCUCAAGGGGAGCUGCCUCUGAACCUUUUGGGCCUGCUGAACCCACUCCCAGCCCCAUCCUCAACCCCUAACCCAGGACAGGAAGCUGAUUUAGGGCUAACAGAAAAACCUAGCCUUCAGGCUCUGCUUAUGGCAUCCUUGUUGUUCGGGCAACAGCAGGCACCUUUGUUACCUCUAUCUGGCCUCGGUCAGUUAAGCCAAGUCAGCUUGGAAGUUCCUCUCCAGCAGCCACAGCAGCUGGAGGGUCUCACCCUGGAUAAGACCUCUGGCCUCCUGGAUCCGUCAACCUUACAGGGCCCAGGGCUCUUGGAGGUCGCCCAGGGCCUUCUUUCCAUUCCUCCAGGAGCUGAGGCCUCUAUCCAAGCCCUGCAGUCUCUGCUCCUUCCUGCCACUCUUCCUCCUCCUCCCGCAGCCUUCCUGCCCCUCAGCCCUGCCUUGCUCACUGCUGCCCUGAGCUCUGCUGAGCUCCACCCACCUCCCCACACCCAUUUAGCUCCUGCACAGCAAACCCAACAUACCCAACCUCAGGUAUCUACUGAUGCUGGUGUUGACACCCUCAUCCCCCUAUCUCUCCAAGGCAAGGACAACCCCAUCCUUCAACAGUUACUGCCCACUUUGCUUAACCCUGCUGUAUUAGGAGAUCUUUCUGCCAUCACAGGCCUCCAUAACAUUUUGGGGAUUGGAGCAGGUUCCAUCCUCCUACCCCCAGUCCAGACCUCUGCUUUAGGCAUGCCUCUGCUGCACGGUCCUGAUGGAGCCAUCAACUUGCUGAACAACAUACAGCUAAACCUUGCACCACCUUCAGAAGGAGAGAAGCCAGUCUCGUUGCAGGAAACACAAAGCCCUGCCCCACAGGAAGACAUUCCAGCCAGUCAGAUUGCUCCCGAAGUGGUCCCCAGUCCUCUUCCAGCUCAAGCUCCUGCCCCUACCCAAGAAACCACCCCACCCCCACAGCGAGUGUCUGAGGGCAGAUCUGUUAUCGAUCCUUACACCUCUUUCAUGGACACGAUUUAUACCUCCUUCCUUCAAGUCAGUGCUAAAGAGCAAGAAGAAAGGGCCCACUUGGGGCCAUCUGACCCAACUUCACCCUUCUGUGCCUUACCGCCGGUUUCUUUCCCUAUGGAGCACCAUACCCCAUCCACCCCUGUCUCAACCCUGCCCCAGGCAAGUGCCCCAGUCUCCCUCAGCCCGCGUCGGGCCUGUUCCCUCCGCAACCCAGACUUAUCCCGACUCAGCCUGGAAGCAGCAGCCCAUUCCCCAGCUCAGGGGACGCCCAAACCCACUGAGGAUGGGUCUACGCUACCCUUACAAAGGAAACCGGUCAUGGUAGAGGGACAUACUCACCCAGAGCCUCCUCUGCCACCCAUAUACUUGGAGGAGGCAAAGACGGACUGUACUGGGCCCGCUGCGGCUGUGUGCCCCUAUGUGGAGGCAGGAGUGGACAGGCAGGGGCAUCUUUCUCAUGCAGGGUACCUCAGUCCCAGGGAUGGAUGCAGUGGGAGGCCCAAUGAGGAGACAGCUGGGACAUUGCUGCACACUGAACAGGGAAGGGAUCAAGCAGGACCAGCGGGUGGAGCCAGAAGAGGAAGGAAAAGGAAACAAACGCUACAGAAUGUGUUAGAAGACUUCAGAGACAUGGAUGCUACAGCACUAGAGGAAACCAAGGCUACGACAGCACUGCUGAAGCCUGAGAGGUCAGUCCGCGGCAGGAGGCGACGAGGCGCCAGGUCUCAGAGGCAGUGAUUGGUGGAGGGAGCUGUAGAGCUGUUCGUCUAUCAAAGGCGGCCAGACGCCUCUUUCCCCCUCCAUCUCUCCACCAUCAUCUCCACUGUUAAGACCUUUCUUUUUUUUUAAAUUCAGCUGCACUAAUAUUAUGCCGUUGUCAUGUCAACCAUUGUUAUGGCAACCACUAUGAAAAAAAAACACAUAGGAGAAAGAUCUAGUCUGAAAAAUUAAUUUAUAAAAAAGUGUGGGGGGGGAAUUUGAAGAGAAAUUGUGUGGAUACUUUUUCACUUAGGUCUUCUCUUAGGUCUAGUUCACAAAAAUGGUUGCUUGACAUUGUGAUCAGAGAUCUGUUAAUUAUGGUUGGUGUUAGAAUUAUAUCAAUGAGAAAACACACAAAAAAAAACAAGAGUACUGUUUUCUUCUCAUCAGUGUGUAACUGUGAGUCAGGAUAAAGCCCAUCUACUUGAACGAUGCUCUCUGUUGAAAGUUUGUCUGUACGUGUGUGGAUGUGUGUGUCUUUUUAUGUGUCUGAGUGUGUGUUGGACAACAGUGCUAUAGCUGAGCCCCUCACUGUCCGACCGUUAGUUGAAUUUAUUUUCAUUUUAGUAAACGAGACCCUGUCUGUUUGUAAGAUAAAGGGCUCUUUGCAGAGACACACAGUGGUUGUAUUUCAACCAAACGUUCUGAAAGGUUUUCAGAGGUGCUGAAAGAGAAUUUAAGAAGGAACAGACUAGAGUUUUUUUUUUUUUUUUUGGUUUUUCAUUCACAGUAUAAAAUAACCUUUAUAUGGGACAAGCCAAGGAAAUAAUGUGGUUUUUACCGUAUCAGGUUUCUUCACACUCUAAGAAAAUAACUUCUUUUUUUUUUAUAUUUCACAUGUCCUGUGAGAUGUUCUUUUAAUGGUUUGUACUUCACUAAUAACUUAAUGAACUGAGAAAACAUUCAUUUAAAAAUGAAGUUCUUUUGUGCAACACUUUGAGUCAUGUCAUAACACGUCAGGGUUCCCCCGACAGAUCAGGAAAAUUAAGUGAACCUGAUAACAUCCAGUUUUUGAUGUUUGCAAGGUCCACAACAGAUCUGAAACAAUUCAGAAAAACAUCUGAAAAACAUUUCAAAUGCUGUGUCAUUUGUUGCUGUGAAGAAUUUGUGAGAGACUGUAAUAUCUGUUCACCUGACAGCCACCAAAACAUUCACCUCCCAGCCAUGAGAUAAGUGUCUGGGAAAAAGUAUUGAAUUAUGUAACGGAACAUUUCCCGGAAUCCCAGGUCUACACAAAGUAAUGAACAGUAUGUCCUUUGAUUGGUUGAACGAAUGGCUGGAAAACUUAAGUGCAGAGAGCAAUAAUGUCUUACGUGGAUCUGUUGAGUCCGUGUGUUACUGUGGAUUUGGAGUAAUAUCCUCCCUCUGUCUCCUCAUAUCACUGUUUGAGCUCUCCUCCACACACUGCCCCGCCCCAAGAGUACUGGCAUCUCUAGCUGUAUUUAAAAAAUAAAAAAUGAAAAAAAAAAGAAUAAAGAAAAGUGAAAAAGAAAGCAGAUUAUGCAAUUUCUACACUUGGAGAUUUGUACAUAUGUACAGUUAAUGUGUUUUAUUUUGAUUUUAUAUUGUUAGAGAAAGAGACAAGAGAGAAAACAAUGAAUUGUGAAUUUUUCUGGGAAUUGUAAUUAAGUAUUUUUCUCAUUCUACCCUUUGCUUUCAAUACUUAUGUUUAAAAAGACGAUUAAAUUGUGGACUGUAGCUUUCUUUUUUAUAUGGGAGUCUUUUUUUAUUUAAUAUUAAACUAUUUACAGAAAAUGUA